GUGACUGGAGGUCAGACCUGGUGCUCAUCCAAUAUCAGCUCACAUGGGUUUAUGACCAGGUCUGCUGUUCAUUUGAACAGAAUUCUUUUCAUAAAUGUUUGAAUUCUCCAGAUGAACUACAGACUUAAACACACUCUUUUAUCUGUGGUCCUCCUGCAGCUCAAACUAAAUAAACUCAAACUAAUAACUCAACUAAUAACUCAAACUAAAUAAACUCGCCCUAACCCUAGUCCAGUCCCUCCAGCUGUUCUUCUGGGUCCAUCUGGGCUGGAGCUGGUCCUCGUGCGUCAUCAGUGGAUCCUGGUCCAGUCCUGGUGGUUUUCAGAGUCCAGAGGGCCUGGGGGGUCCUCGGUGGUCCUGCGGGGGGUCCGGGUCUCGGGUCCAGCAGGGGGCCGGUCCCCCUGUGUGACGUCACCGCUCCGGUCCAUAUUUGUGCGCUCCCGGUCCGGCUGCAGGAGGACCAGAGGUGGACAUGUGGACCCGCGGAACAGACCCGGAUCCGGAUCACCGGGACCUGCUGACCUGAGACCAGCGGGUCCUGGACUGAGAGGGGCCAGUGUGCGGACGCGUCUGGGACCCGGGACCAGGUUUGGACCCCUUUACCUGCUGCGUGUGGAGGAUUACGCACCGACACCCGGACCCGGACCCGGACCAGGGGCAUGCGGAGGUCCGGGUGGUUCGUGUCGGUGUUUGCGGUGCUCCUGGGUGCGGGUCUGUGGAUGGGGGGGGUCCGGGGUCAGCACCUCCUCCGGCCCGUCCCCAGUGACCACCUGCCCGUCCCGGUCAUCAAGGAGGACCCGAACCCGGCUCUGGACCCCGGGCACCGGGACCUGAACGAGACGGAGCUCCGGAGCGCGCUGGGCGCGCACUUCGACGCGCGCUUCAUGUCCGUGUGCGCGCCGGAGGUGGACCGAACCGGGCCUUGGACCGGGGAGGCCCAGCUGCGGCUCCGGCUGCACAAAGACACCCGGGCCGCGGACCCGGAGGCCCCCCUGGGCCGGAGGCUCCGGCCGGGCAGGAAGCUCCGGCGGCGGCUGCGGACGCACGCGCAGUGCCCGGUGGUUUACGCGUGGACCGACCUGGGGAACCGGUUCUGGCCCCGGUACCUGAAGGGGGGCAGCUGCCACAGGAGACGGUCCUGUUCGGUUCCUGAAGGCAUGGUGUGCAGACCUGCCAAAACCACUUCCUGUACCAUCCUGAGGUGGGUCUGCCAGAGGAGGGGCGGUCUGAGGUGCGUCUGGGUCCAGGUCCAGUACCCGGUGGUUUCUGAGUGUAAAUGCGCAUGCCCGAACUGACAGAACCCACUGUGAUGGACUGAAGAAGAGCAGGAGGAACUAACAGGGACCAGGUCCCAUCUGGACCAGGACCCAUCUGGACCAGACUGGACCAGGACCCAUCUGGACCAGGACCCAUCUGGACCAGACUGGACUGGACUUAGAGGUCCCAUCUGAACCGGACUGGACUUACUGGACCCUGAACCUCAGGUCUGGACAUAUUCAGCCCAGGAUGAGUUUAAGACAGAAAAUAUGUGGAGAAAAAAAAAAGAAAAUAAAGCAAAGAAAUGAGCUCAAAAGAACAAAAAUGACCAA